CCUUCGUGGCACAGCACAGCAGCCUUUCUUCUCAUACUGUGCCAGGCGAUCGCUUCACCCCUCUCAUCAAAGCCAUGCCAUCAGUGGCUGACAAGCAAGACUUACCUUCGUCUCCCUCGCGGCGGCGGCAGGUUACCUUUGUUGCAGCCCAGGCGCAGCCCAUACACGAGUCGCAGCACCUCCCACAGACCAUCGAUGGUCGUGGCCACAUCGCCCUCUUGCCAUCGCAGCUCUGGGACAAGCUCUUUGCAGACCAUGAUGAUGUUGAUGUAUCUGCGCAAUCUUCGUCCUCCUCCACUCCGGCACAUCAAGCAACCGUGAUAGCUGUGCAAUUCCCGCAUGUGCAGCAAGCAGGUAGAAGAAAGGGAGCAUCGGAGACUCAGGCAGGUCGCACCUUCCUCUACUCGGCCUACAGAAGCCAAGACGGCGAUGAGGAGCAGCCUCGAUACAUUUCCCUCUCAUGGAUGCCGGACCUGUCUGAGUCCUCGCCCAUAUCCGUAAGGAUAGCUGCCCAUUUACCCCUCCCGCUUUCUAGCAUCAUCCUCGCAACCGCCGACAAUGACCUCCUCGAGGCAGCCCAGAACUCCGACUCGACUUUUGGUCAGGACAUUGCUGGAGCUCUCGUUAGACAAAGCGAAUAUGUGUACUUGCCUCAAGGUAGGGCCCGAUUAGUUCAGACGGAGCCCACGCUUCAAGGCAUCAUCACACAGGACACCAGCAUCCUCGUGGUGUAUGAUGGAGAGGAAGCGUCUGCAGAACAGGAUCUGGACGUUGACGGCCUUGAGGGACUGCAUCAAGCUCAAAUGUCAGAGGGCGAAGCCGAGCUCUCUAUAGAUGAGCGGUUCCUCGCUGGUUCUGUACUGGAAGACUUUGAAGAAUACGCUGAGCAAGCAGGAGAAGCAGCGGAGCUCGCCGCCCACGCCUCUGCCGCUACAUCAACGCUCCCAGUAAUCGUCAUCCAGAACCCAGAGGUCUUGAGAGCAUCUAUUGAAUCUUGGAGAGAAGGGCAACGGCAGCUGGGCGCCCAAGAAGAUACCGAGAUCGAUGAAGAGAGCGCUGUGCUGCUGGCAGAGAAGGGGCUGGCCAGUAUAGGAGGCUUCAACGGGGAUUGGGCCAUCGCCGAGCUGAUAGGCAGCUCAAAGCCCAGACUUGUGCGUCUCUUCUGCUACACUCCCUCGACCACUCACGCAGCAUCGCAAGCCUACGUACCACCAUCACUGCUACAAAACCUUCAACAAUCCCCUGCCGACUUCGAUCCGUUUCCUCAUACUCCUCCUCGGAUAAGACUCGCCCCUAUCCCGGCGUCCCGCUCACCCGAGUCAUCCAUCAGUAACACACCCCUGCACUGCCCUCUGCCGAUUCCGUUUGCGGAUGCCCUCACCAUCGCCAGAGUACCUUCAGCUCUCUCGUCCAACCGCAAGUAUCAGACGCUCUUCCUCGAUGCACUCAAGGGCUACUUCGAAGGUCGCAAGAGGAUCGUCAAAGAGGGGGACAUCAUUGCAGUAGGCGUGGUGAAAGGCAAGGUCAGAUGGGUCCGCAACAAAGGCGGAGCCGAGGAAGGCAGCGAGAAGAAGCAGACAGAGGGGCAGGGUGAGAGGGAUGGAGAUGUGGCAGAUGCAGAGCUGAUUGAUUAUAGUCUGCCACUCUCCUCAUCAGCUGGCAGCGAAGACGCUUCUACUUCAACCUUGCCACUUCAGCCGGACGGCGUAGUCCACUUCCUUGUCAGCUCCCUUGUGCCAGAACUCGCUGUCCCCUCUUCUGUCGAAUCAGCCAGUGAGAAUGUGCGGCCGGAAGACCUGGAGAUUCGCGAGCAUGCCCGCAGAGGACUAUUGGGAGCUGUCGUAGACCCUAUCUUGACCAAGAUGGUGCAGACAGGCAUUGUAGGCAGCCGGAUAGGGGACUGGGACGGGUGGCUUGAUGUUCAGUCUACACUACCGGAUCUGCCUUCCCCUGGACAGGUCAGCCCCUUGACGAGCCCAUCGGCGCCUUUCGGAAGGGUCGUACAGCUGCUCGAGGCUACUCUGCUCCCUCAGGCAGGCAGCUACGGGCUUCAUCUGACAGUCUUGCUGAAAGGAGCCAGAGGCAGCGGCAAGAAGACGAUCGCUCGGUGGAUCGCCAAGCAAGUAGGGGUCCACCUUAUCGAGAUCAACUGCUUCGACAUCCUAGGAGAUUCAGAUACCCAGACAGAGGGCGUCCUGCGAGCACGGAUGGAGACUGCCGCCUCGUGUGGUCCGGCGAUCGUGCUUCUGCAGAACAUCGAUGCGCUAGCCCGCAAGAGCCAGGCUAUGGAGACUGGGCAGGAGCCAGCUAUGAGCCAUGUUCUGCGCAGCUGUGUUGAGAAGCUCAGGGGGACCAUGGGUCAGGGUCAUCGCCCAGUGGCCGUGUUUGGGACUACGAGCGAUCCGGACAAGUGCCCGAAUGGUAUCUUGGCCACCUUCAAGCACGAGAUUAGCAUUGAUGCACCUAACGAGGCUGAGCGACUGCAGAUCUUAACCACCUCCGUGAGCCAGUCCGGCCUGAUACUAGGCCCAGAUGUCAGUCUGAAAGACGUCGCAACACAGACGGCCGCCUUAGUCGCUGCCGACCUAGUAGACCUCGUCGCUCGAGCCCGCCUAGCCAGCAUCGAACGUGUCCGCAAAGCCUUUGGUUUCCUCCCCCAUCCUCCCACGGAGGAAGAUCUAGCCACCUCUGGCAUCUGCCUGACAGGAGCCGACUUUGAUUCUGCCCUUCGCAAAGCACGCAGCAACUACAGUGAAUCCAUUGGGGCACCCAAGAUUCCCAAUGUCACAUGGGACGAUGUUGGUGGUCUCGCAAGCGUCAAGAGCGAUAUCCUCGAUACCAUCCAGCUUCCUCUAGAACACCCGGAACUCUUCACCGACGGGCUCAAGAAGCGGUCCGGUAUCCUGCUGUAUGGCCCACCUGGGACGGGAAAGACGCUACUGGCAAAGGCGGUUGCUACUUCUUGCUCGCUCAACUUCUUCUCCGUCAAAGGACCAGAGCUGCUGAACAUGUACAUCGGAGAGUCAGAGGCGAAUGUGCGAAGGGUCUUCCAGCGGGCGAGGGACGCGAAGCCCUGUGUCAUCUUCUUCGAUGAGCUGGAUAGUGUGGCUCCCAAGCGAGGCAAUCAGGGAGAUAGUGGUGGUGUUAUGGACCGAAUCGUCAGUCAGCUGCUCGCUGAGCUCGAUGGAAUGGCAGGUGGUAAAGAAGGGACGGAUGUCUUUGUCAUUGGGGCUACCAAUCGUCCCGACUUGCUCGACCCAGCAUUACUACGACCAGGAAGAUUCGACCGUCUCCUCUACCUCUCCGUAUCCGAGACGCACGCUGCCCAGCUCAACAUCCUGCAAGCUCUCACCAGGAAGUUCAAGCUGGAUCCUGACCUAGGCGACCUGUCUAUCAUCGCAGAGCGCUGUCCCUUCAACCUGACUGGAGCAGACUUCUAUGCAUUGUGCAGUGAUGCUAUGCUCAAGGCUAUGACGAGAAAGGCGGGCGAAGUGGAUGAUCAGAUUGCCCGUUUGAAUGCCUCUGGCCCUCCUUCAUCGUCCUCGCCCCAUCCAUACCCCAUCACGCCUCAGUACUACCUCUCUGAGCUGGCCACUCCAGCCGAGAUCGAAGUGAGGGUGAAGCGCGAAGACUUCGAGGCCGCCUUGAGGGAGCUGAGCCCGAGUGUGAGCGAAAAGGAGAUGGAACACUAUCGUAGCGUCCAGCAGCAGUUCUCUGGGCCUGCCAAAGGAGAGGAAGGCAAGGCAGAAAAUGCUCGCGCUGAUGUGGGUGACGAAGAUGCCCAGACGAGGAUGAUCGAAGAGAUGAUGAAGAGGGCUGGCCUUUCCAAUGGAUCGUCUGAGGGUGGUGCAUACAUCCUAGACGAGCAGGACGAGGAGGAGGAGCAAGCGAUCAGCACUGCAUCCAAAGGCAAAGGCAAGGCGAGAGCUCGCCCAGAUGGCAUCGAAACAACUCACUUGGAGAAUAUUGGGCAAGGCAGCAGCGGGACUGGGGAGCUCCUUCCACCAUUGGAGGCUGAAAGACCGCAGAGCAAUGGCAGUGGCCCAGCCAUGACCAAGGAUGCCAUCGAAGGGCCUCCCUCUACCGUGGGUAAUGAGGCGGAUGGCCCAAGUGGGGAAACACAGCCUGUCCCGAACGGUAGUGGUCAAGGGGGGAAAGGAAAGAGCAAAGGCAAGGAUAAGGGGAAAGGCAAAGCAAGAGCAUGAGUGUCAGCGGGACGUUCCUCUGUAGUCAUGCUGUACUGGCAGCGCUCUGCUUCACCAUCUUUGUGGAAUUGGAUAGCAUCGUAUAUUCUUGCUCUCACUCACGGCAUGCCAAUUGGAAGAUCCGUCAC